UGACAAAAUGGAACCCACCAGCAGUGUGAGGAGACCUGAAAGUGGCACAUGGCAGAGUGUGGCGAUGGAGACAACAGCAAUUGGGAGGCCGUACAGGGACCCAUAACACACUCUGGACCUGGCAGCAGCAUGAGGAGUCGGUACGGGGGCCCAUGGCAGAUUAAACGGGCCUGGCAGCAGCAUGAGGAGCGGUAACAGGGGCCCAGCACCCUAUCACAAAAAUGGAACCCACCAACAGUGUAAGGAGACCUGAAAGUGGCACAUGGCAGAGUCUGGCGAUGAAGUCAGCAGCAAUGGGAGGCCGUACAGGGACCAUGACACACUCUGGACCUGGCAGCAGCAAGA